GAAGUCAUGUGGCAGGCAAAAGUUGCUUGCCUGGCGUUGCUGGCGUUGCCGGUAGCUGCCAAGGAGUUGAGCGACGGUCCUGUCCGGGAGGAGAUAAUCCAAGAACUGCCCCAAGCUCAUGAACCUGAUCUCAAUCUCAACUACGAUGAUUACAAUACCAAUCCUUAUGGGGAAGAUGAAAAUGCAAUAUUAUCUGAACGAGACUUCCGUGGAUCCACUACAAGUCCACCGUACCCUCCUCGUACAGGCAUGGUAACCCAAAGAGUGGUGCCGACGCUGUGUAUCGACAUGGGCCGUACGUGGUCAGAGGGCGAGUCAUGGAAGAGAGACAAUUGCACAUUCUGCCAGUGCUUCAGCGGGCAGGCUAACUGCUCCACUCUGCCCGUGUGUUUGGCGCCACCAAGUCGACCAGUGUUCGGCGCCGGAGCCCAGCCCCACACCCCAGUGCGCGGCGUCGCUGGCAUGCCAGGAGACGACGGUCCGCCUGGACCGCCCGGGGCGCCAGGAGUGAACGGUGUUCCUGGUGCUCCUGGUAUGCCUGGCCCAGUUGGACCUAUUCCUGAUGUGAACGCAUACUUAGCUCACAUGGCAGCUGCCGCUGGAGGUGACAAGGGACCGGCCUUCGACCCAUAUCAGUACAUGCAGGCUUCAGUUGGCGCACCAGGCAUCAGGGGAAUACAAGGACCGCAAGGCCCGCCCGGCCCGCAGGGAUUCCAAGGUCCGAGAGGUGAGCCAGGGGAGCCUGGCCUCCCGGCCUGCAAGGACCACCCGGCGAACGAGGCCCGCAAGGCUUACCCGGAAAAGAC